UGCUAUUAUGAUUACACUGAGGAUGUAGAAAAUGUUGGAUUUCCAUGUGAUUGAUUUUGUUUUUGGACAUGUGCAGUUGUACACUGGAGAUUUCCAAAAGCGCAUUGGCAUAACAUCUGGUAUUUGCAUUUUGAUCCAAAACAAAGCUGAAAAGAAAGGGGACAAAUACGAAGCAAUCUUUAGCUUCUACUUUGGAGACUAUGGUCACAUAGCAGUGCAAGGACCAUACCUUACUUGUGAGGACUCAUAUUUGGCUGUGACUGGUGGAUCUGGAAUUUUUGAGGGAGUUAAGGGUCAAGUGAAGCUGCAUCAAAUUGUGUCUUUCAAGAUUUUAUACACAUUUUACCUAAAGGGUAUUAAGGAUUUGUCUCAAGAGCUUCUCAUGAAGACGGUUGAACCCAUUCCAUCUGUUGACGCUUCUCCUGCUACUAAAGCCCUUGAACCCAAUGCCACCAUUUCUGGUUUCACAGAUUAAAGUUCAUCUUUUUAUUACUUUUUUUAUUUUUAUUUUUUGGCUUUUUGUAGUUUAAUAUAAGUUUCUGAAUAACAAGUGUGGUGUUUGAUGCUUUUCUUUAUGUAGUAGUGGAGUUUCUAUAUGAUGAAAAACUUGACAUUGUUCCAUGGUGUUGUUUAAACAAAUAUCAUGUGUAACAAAAACAAGUGUGUUUCCCA